GGGCGGUUGGUUGGGUAGAUGCGAGCAGCUGCAGCGGCAAUAACUAACUGCCACGAGCUGCUGCUGCCCACCACUCUCUCACUCGCUCGUCCUGUCCGAACGAUCCGAUCCGAUCUCGUCAGAUUCCUUCCAGAUUCAAACCGAUUGCGGCAGAGUUUGUUGGCCAGCCGCCUCCUAAUCCAACUCCCCGACCCGAGCAACGCCGCGUGCUAUUUCUUCCUUCCGCCUCCGUGUUGUAGCGGGACAUCGGCGGCCAUUAUUUGAUCCGCUGCAGGCGCAUCCAGAGCCCUGCGGCGUCUUCUAGUCUAGAAUGGCCGGCGUCGGGUCGGCGGUGCGGCGGCUCUACCUCUCCGUCUACAACUGGGUCGUCUUCGUCGGAUGGGCGCAGGUGCUCUACUACGCGGUCACGGCGCUGCUGGACGGCGGCCAUGAGGGCGUCUAUGCCGCCGUCGAGCGCCCGCUGCAGCUCGCGCAGACCGCCGCCGUCAUGGAGAUUCUUCAUGGGCUUGUAGGGUUGGUGAGGUCUCCGGUCACUGCAACCCUUCCACAAAUAGGAUCGAGGUUGUUUCUUACAUGGGGCAUCCUGUGGAGCUUUCCGGAGACACAAUCUCAUAUUCUUGUAACUUCUUUGGUCAUCAGCUGGUCCAUCACCGAGAUCAUUAGAUAUUCUUUCUUCGGCUUGAAGGAGACACUUGGAUUUGCACCUUCCUGGCUUUUAUGGCUCAGGUAUAGCACAUUUAUGAUAUUGUAUCCUACCGGCAUCCUUAGCGAGGUCGGUUUGAUUUACAUUGCUCUGCCUUACAUCAAGGUAUCCGAGAAAUACUUUGUUAAGAUGCCUAACAAAUGGAAUUUCUCCUUUGACUACUUUUACACAUGUGCUAUCGCCAUCGGUGUCUAUGUUCCAGGUGGGCCGCACAUGUUCACAUACAUGCUUGCCCAGAGGAAGAAGGCCCUGUCAAAGGCAAAGACUGCAUGAAGUUGCUGUGAGCCUUGUAGAUGGGGCAUGCAAUGCAAACCCUACUACAGUGUCAUGUUGUAGAGUAGUUGGUGUGAGAUCGGUAAUUCUAUUCGGUGAAUUACCCGACCUGUGUUGUAACAAUGAUGAUUGUUGGAUUUCCCAUGGUGGAAUCCAUCAUUGAUCAAACUCUGCAUUGAGCCAAUGAUUAUGACCAAAGAAGUGGCAUAAUCCUAUCAGAUAAAAGCAAUAUUCAUCUUCGGAA